AUGAGCAACGGUUUGAUGAUGGAAGGAUUUCUGGUGAAGGAGGGAGGCUCGAUCAAGACGUGGAAGAAGCGAUGGUGUACCCUUCGCGAUGGCGUCUUGUCCUACCACGCCAAGAAGGGAGGAGAGUUGAAGGGAGAGGUGGCGUUGAAGGGAGUGGAUGAGAUUCAACCGGUGAACUACAAGUCCAAGAAGAAGAACUGCUUCGCCAUGGUGACCCCCGACCGCACCUACCACUUCUCCGCAGAGUCGGACGAGUUGAUGAGCCAGUGGGUCACCCUUCUGUGCAAGUCGCGUGACGCGAGGGAGCAACCACAGAUUUCGCUGGCUGCCUCGACUGGUGGUGCAACCAAGGCGAGGGUCAGCGACUUCGAGCCCCUCUACGUGAUCGGUCGCGGAAGCUUCGGCAAGGUGUUGCAAGUGAAGCACAAGAACACCGGCAAGAUCUACGCCAUGAAGGUGCUCAACAAGAAGAGCAUCAUGGACCGCAACGAAAUGGACCACACCAAGGCGGAGAAGUCUAUCCUGAUGAAGCUGUCGUCGCCCUUCCUGGUCAAGCUCUACUAUUCCUUCCAGACCACAGACAAGCUCUACUUCAUCAUGGACUACAUCAACGGAGGCGAGCUGUUCUGUCACCUGCAGAAGGAGAAGAAGUUCACCGAGGAGCGAGUGCGGUUCUACUCGGCCGAGAUCGUGCUGGGCCUGGAGUACCUCCACAACCAGGGCGUCAUCUACCGGGACUUGAAGCCCGAGAAUCUGCUGCUGACGGCCGACGGCCACAUUUGCAUGACCGACUUCGGUAUCUCCAAGGAGGGCUUCGUGUGCAAGGGCGCCAGGACGGCCACCUUCUGCGGCACCCCCGAGUACCUCGCGCCGGAGGUGUUGGAAGGACAAGGUUACGGCAAGGAGGUCGAUUGGUGGAGCUUUGGCACGCUCAUGUACGAGAUGCUCACCGGUCUGCCGCCGUUCUACUGCGACGACGUGCAGGUCAUGUACUCCAAGAUCAUGAACGAAAAGCUCAACCCACCGAAGAGGAUUGGCGAGGUGGCGAUCGAUCUGCUGAUGCAACUGUUGGAGCGUAGCCCCUCCAAGAGGCUCUGCGACCCGGAGAAGAUCAAGGCCCACCCCUUCUUCAGCUCCAUCGACUGGGCCAAGCUGGCGGAGAAGGAACUCAUCCCGCCCUACAUUCCCCCUGUCAAAAGCGCACUGUCCGUGGCGAUGAUCGACCCCUCGUUCACGAACGAGGACUUGGCCAUGAGCCCCACGGGAAUGGACCCGGAGAUGGCCCAGCAGGCCCACGUGGCCGACUUCACCUACGUCGCCCCCUCCGCCAUCCCCGGAGGCCAGUAA